AUGGAUAUGCUCUUUGGCGUUAUUCUCGUCGCCAAGCCGGGAGGAUGUGUUUGGAAAGUUGAAGGCAUUUGUGAAGUUCCUGUUGUUAGGAAAAAUGCUAUUGCGAACAUAAAGGCUUCUUUUCCUUCGAACACAACAACUGCUGAAUGCGAGGCCAAAGUGCUCAGCGCUAUUAACUCGAGCUCGCCGAAUGCAAACGCAAAUGUUACUUGCUCAGAAGCAUCAUUGCGAAAACGAAAAUCACUGAAUCCCUCUCCCAUCGUCAGAUUCGACGUUGAUAUAGAGCUGACGAUAACGAUGGUUGUAGAUACUGACGAAGAAAACAGUGACAACGACACAGAAAGUGAUACUACUGACACGGCAGUGUCAAGAAUCAAUAUGACCACUGUUGACGUUGAAGAAGUCGUCAAAGAAGUCCCUCAAGCUGAGGAAGAAUCGGAUAUUUCCCAGUUCGAAGGAAAAUACUUCACGCCUCAAGCAUGCAACGCGACCCUUCAGAAUGAUACGUAUCGAGUUAUUUACGAAACGAAAAUUUUUAUCAGCUCAACUGGCAAAAUUAAUGAUAUCAUCGAUGCCUUUGAACCGGAUUUGAUAGAUGGUCACUCGCUGUGUGUGGAGUUUAGCGAUAUUUAUGAUAUUUUGUACAUUACAAUCGACAGUGCAUCACAAGAAGGCAAUUUUUAUACAGUGGGAGUAGAAAUUGAACAAGAAGUGGAAAAAGAAAUUGGCGAAAUCUUAGAGUCACUUGCCAUAUCCGGAGUUGUCGUCUACCCGGAUUCCAAGAAAACCUUGGUCACAAUGCUUUUGGCAGAAGGAGUCAACUUCGAUCUUUCAGUGAUUGUUGAGUUCGAAAAUGACUGGACUUGGUCCUCAGAGCUUCUAGACAAAACUUCGAGUUCAUACGCUUUGCUCACAUCCGUUAUUAACAACAUAUUCUCCUCGAGUUGGGAUGCCAUCGCAACGGACAACAAUCUCGAUCUCGAUGUAAGAAUUAGAUAUUCAAAGAACCGGGUCAGCCGUCGUCGACGUUCUGCAACUGCUUCAACGAUCGUUAACAUCAUUUUGGAUUAUAAAAAGACGGAAAAUAAUACAAAUAUAAAUUCUCCAUCAGAUUUGCAGACUCUUGAGGCAUCAAUCAUGGCCGAGUUACAAACAGCUCUAGCAACAGAUGCAGAGCAAAACGACGCUACGAAUUUCCUUUCGAAUAACUUCGAGCCAUCCAUUAAUUGCGAGUUAAUGGUCUCGUUCGACUCUGUCGUGGACCAAGAAAUAUCAACGACAGUUUUGCCAACUACAAUUUACGUCAACACUGUCCAAAAUGAAAGAAUCGUCGCUAUUGAAGAGGCAGUUGAUGAUAUGGAAGGCAAUUUAGAGAAUCUAUCGUUGGUCGACAUCAAACUGACGGAGGAAAUUUCAGAUCUAUCAGACCAUAUUACAAAUGUGGAAAAAUCGGCAGAAAAGAAGGAAAGGGAUUAUUAUUCAUACAGCUUUUCAGAAUAA